AUGUUCGUGGCGGAUGGGGGCAAGAGCGGCCUGGUAAACAUUGGGAACACUUGCUUCUUCAACGCCAUCCUUCAGUGUCUAAGUCACAUUCGCCCCUUGGGUGAGGUGUUUGGCAACGAGGCCAAACUUUCUUCCCUUCUCAACACCCACAGCAAAGCACUUGGGUCGCAUGGGCUCAUUGCACAGGCAUACGGACGUCUGCUUCGCGACUUGUGGCAGCCCGCCCGCAUGACGCCCGUCAGACCUGCUGACUUUAAGCGGGCCAUUUCUCGCCGCAAUCGCCGAUUCAUGGGCUACGAUCAGCAAGAUGCACCGGAAUUUUUGGAAUUCUUGCUGGAUGAACUGCACGAAGACGUCAAUCGGGUGGGAGAAAAACCCUAUGCCGCUGAUCGGGCGUGGGCCAACUUUCAUCGGCGGGAUGACUCCCCAGUCGUCGACCUGUUUCAAGGCCAGCUCCGUUCUCGCGUGUGCUGCCCAACCUGCAGCAAAGUGUCGGUCAUAUUUGACCCUUUUCGGUCUUUGGCCCUUCCUUUGCCCCGACCACGCACGCCUUGCACGGGACAGGAAGCCAGUGCCGCAGUGGGGCUGCACACCGCUUACGAGCUGCUUGCCAAGCCCGAGGUUCUGAGCCACGACAAUCAAUGGUACUGCAAUCGCUGCAAGGAGCACCGUCAGGCCAUUAAGGAGCUGGCUGUCUGGCGACUGCCACCCAUUUUGGUUGUCCACUUUAAACGCUUUGCGCACGGCGCAUCACGCCUCCGAGUCACCUCCGCGACCACACAAAUUACCUACCCUGAACGCUUGCAUCUGGAUGACGCCAGCGGUCAGGGACGUGAUUAUCGACUGCGUGGCGUGGUGUGCCAUCGUGGCACGCUGUAUUACGGCCAUUACGUAGCCUACGCCCGGCACGCGGUGACAGGCGACUGGUAUUACUAUGAUGAUGACACUUGUCGACGCGUAAGCGACGAUAGCUAUCUGGGGCAUCGAGGCGCCUAUUUGUUGUUCUACGAGGAGGAUUGUAGUGUACAGAAUUAG